CCCUUGUCUUUACUUAUGCCAAUGCCCAUCAGAAAGAGCCAGACCAAAUAUUUGCAAUGCAAAUAAAGCCCUCAAACUAUCAAUUCCCUCUAAACCCACACCCACAAAGAAAGUUACUACAUUCUUGUAGUCAUGUUUACAGCAGUUUCAACAAGCAAGAAACAGCUCCAAACUCGAGGCGGUUACCGUUUAUUCGCAAGAAGAAGCUGCUCAGUGAUCUCAGCACAUGGGGCAUUGGAGGCCCUGCUAAUUACUUCGUCCAAGUCUUUAACCAAACCCAACUUGUUUCUGCUGUCAGGUAUUGCGAUGAGCAAUCGAUGAGAUAUAUAAUAUUGGGUAAAGGCUCGAAUUGCCUGUUCGAUGACAUGGGUUUUGAUGGUUGUGUCAUUCUCAAUCGGAUCGAGUUCUUGGAGAAGAUAGAAGAUGGAGUAUACCGGGUUGGAAGUGGGUACCCGUUUAAUCGUUUGGGAUUUGUUUGUGCAAAUGAAGGUUUUUCAGGGCUUGAAUUUGCUGGCGGUGUUCCUGGUACUGUUGGUGGAGCUGCUUACAUGAAUGCUGGAGCAAAUGGCCAGGAAACAGCUGAUACUAUUGAUAGCGUGGAAAUCAUCACAAAUGAAGGCAAAUCUAGGAUGCUAAAAAGAAGAGAGCUAAAUUUUGGCUAUAGGUCAUCACCAUUUCAAGAAAUGAAGGACUUGGCAUCCAUUACUGCAGUUACAUUCCGGCUAAAGUUCUCCAGAACUGCACGAGAAAUGCAGCAAGAAUACCUGGCUAGAAGAUGGAGGACACAACCUUUGGCGCAAAGAAGUGCUGGUUCAGUUUUUAGAAAUCCAAUUUCUAUGGGUUUUUCUGCUGCAGAAUUGAUUGAACAAGCUGGAUUGAAAGGGUUAAAAAUUGGUGGAGCUAUGGUCUCAAACAAGCAUGCCAACUUUUUCAUAAAUUGUGGUUCUGCAACUUCUCAAGACAUGCUUGAGCUCAUAGGCAGAGUUAAGGAUGCAGUAAAUCAAAAGUUUGGAGUAGAACUAAAGGAAGAAAUCUUGUACAUACAUCCAUCUUAGAGACAAGUUAGAUUUAUCGAAAUUGGAUCAACAGUAUAUCAAUGUUGUAUUACAAGAAUACAAGCUAUAUCAAUGUUUUAUUACAAGCUUCAA